AUGGCUACGGAUAUGGGAGAAUGGAGUGAGACAAAGAAUGCCACUGAGGAAACUCAGAAGAUUUGUGAUCAGGUGAAGGUCGAAGUGGAGAAAAUUACAGGCAAGAAAUACAGCGUAUACACAGCAGUUAAAUACAGAGAUCUGGUUCUGUGUGGAGGAACCCACUACCUUAUCAAGGUUCAUGUUGGAGGAGAGGACUACAUUCAUCUGAUGGUCGUCCAAGUAACUGGGACGCAGGUCCCACCUCCUCCAUCACUGAGCAGUGUAGAGCAGCACAAAACCAGACACGACCCCCUCGUACUUAUCACCAACUGA